AUGGUUCAAGAGGGAAUAGUCUUGGGACAUAGAGUAUCGGUAAAGGGGAUAGAGGUGGAUAAGUCGAAAAUUCAGGUUAUUGAGAAAUUACCACCACCUACAUCAGUAAAAGGAGUUCGAAGUUUCCUUGGGCAUGCAGAGUUUUACAGGAGAACUUUGAACGAUGCCCAAAUCAACUAUGCGACGACCGAGAAGGAAUUGCUAGCUGUGGUUUAUGCUUUUGACAAGUUCAGAUCGUAUCUUGUUGGGUCUAAGGUUAUCGUCUACACGGAUCAUACCGCUCUGAAGUAUCUUAUGACAAAGAAGGAUGCUAAGCUGAGAUUGAUCCAUUGGAUAUUGUUGUUGCAAGAGUUUGAUAUUAAGAGCAAGGAUAAGAAGGGCAAUGAACAAAUUUUUAGAGUAGAAAUAGUCCCAUGGUACGCUGAUAUCGUUAACUACCUUGCUAAGUCCAUCCCACCACCAGACUAUUCUAGCCAUCAAAGAAAGAAAAGAGGCACAGAUCAGAUAAUCAGAAGAUGUAUUCCUGAAGAUGAAGUACCAGAGAUUCUAGAACAUUGUUAUUCUUCUGCAUAUGCUGGGCAUUUUGGAGCUUCAAAGACUGUUGCAAAGAUACUGCAGUCGGGUUUCUAUUGGCCUACUUUAUUCAGAGACACAUUCGAGUAUGUGAAGAGAUGCGAUAAAUACUUCAUGGGAUCUUUUCCCCCGUCAUACUCAAAUCAAUAUAUCUUGAUGGCCGUUGACUACGUCUCUAAGUGGGUGGAAGCUGUUGCAUUGCCUACUAACAAUGCGAAAGUGGUGAUAGAAUUGUUGAAGAAGUACAUAUUUACAAGAUAUGGUACACCGAGGGCAAUAAUAAGUGAUGUGGGCAAACACUUCAUAAAUCGUCAAUUAGAGCAGCUGUUGAAUAAAUAUGGGGUGAAACAUAAGAUAGCAACUCCAUAUCAUCCACAAACCAAUGGGCAAGUUGAAGUUUCGAAUGGGCAGUUAAAGAGAAUACUGGAAGUUACAGUGAACUCAUCCUGA